AUGACUACGGUAAGUAUUUCUCCAAUGCAAAUCUAUCCUUAACCAUGUUUUCCUUGAGUUUGAACUGGGACUCUAAGGACGUUGAAAAAGGUCGAAUAAUGUAGCAGUUUACUGUGUACGUUUAUGUGCCUACAAAUCGACUAGGAUUGCGUGAAUACAAUAUUCAGUUUGCUACAUGCACCUUUUGGUCUGACUCUAAGUUCUAUCUAGUUAACGUUAGCUACUAAUGUGGCUUUUAAAGUAGAUAUAGAAUUGAUGUAGCCCAGUGUUUCCCUGUAUUUCAGGAUUAGAUCUUCGCAUAACUGAGAUUCUCGCAGCAGUAUGUAGGAGGGAGAGUCCUAAAUGUGAGAAGUGUGCAGGAGGGCAUGAGACGAAGGAAUGUGUCGUUUCGGUGGAGAAAGUUGUGUGUGUUAAUUGUUUGUGGGGGUGCCCAUGGAACUGGAGAUUGGAGGUGUCCGGUGAGAGAAAGGCAGGUUGAGGUUGCUAGGGUCAGAGUAGCACAGAAAGUGUCGUAUGCUGAAGCAGUGAAGAGAGUGGUAGAGGAAGAUGGGUACAGGGUGAGGGAUCCUGAGCGGAUUCCUGUGAGUACAUUUACAUUUUAGUCAUUUAGCAGACGCUCUUAUCCAGAGCGACUUACAGGAGCAAUUAGGGUUAAGUGCCUUGCUCAAGGGCACAUCGACAGAUUUUCACCUAGUCGGCUCGGGGAUUAGAACCAGCGACCUUUCGGUUACUGGCACAACGCUCUUACCCACUAAGCUACCUGCCGCCCAGUAGGCAAAGACUAAUAGAGAUUGAUGGGAAGAAUAUGUGCUUCAGUAAGGUAGGUUUCUUGGCAUUCAUAGCUAUGGUUUUCAAUUGCACUGCAGAAAUUGGAAUUGCGAGGUUUGCAGGGGGUGUUGAGUGGUGGUGUUCUGUCCUCCCAGACCUCUGGACUGGAGUAGGAUUAGAUGUGGUAAAUAGUGGAAUGGGGUGUUUCUUUGUUUUUAGUUUUAUUUUAUUUUAUAGGGCUAAUAGUUGGCAGGUUAAUUUGUCCUUUUCCCCAAUUGUAUUGUACGGUAUCAGGGCCCUGUGUAGCUCAGUUGGUAGAGCAUGGUGCUUGCAACGCCAGGGUUGUGGGUUCGUUUCCCACAGGGCGCCAGUAUGAAAAUGUAUGCACUCACUAACUGUAAGUCGCUCUGGAUAAGAGCGUCUGCUAAAUGACUAAAAUGUAAUGAGUGAGGACAAAACAGAAACCGUGCUGCUCUCCCCUAGAGAGGUAAUCUAAUGACCAAGAUGAUGUACAACUUACUGAAGAACAGGGAUGUACUUGACUAUUACCACCAUGCUUCCGGCUGUAUGCAUUUGAUGAUCAAUUGAUGAUGAUCUAUUGUUCUGUUCUCAGUUGUCUAUGCUCCAGACCCUCCAGCAACACACUACAUGGAUGAGCAGCCUGGAGAUCUGCAGAGUGGUCUGGGUGGGGCUGCAGCCAUAUGUUAGAGCCGUUAGGGUAUACUUACACUAUUUGGCUCUGAUGGCCUCUUAUCACUGCUGACUGACUGUUGGUUGUAUCGGCUAAUGUUGAAUAUUCAUCAAUAUGGGUUUUUAAGAAUGACAUGCUGGAAGUUUUGGACUGGAUCUUUAGUUCAGUUAUAGUAAUGAUCUACUUUGACUGAGAACUCAUUAUGUGUUAGAGAUGCCAUGAGAUCAAUAGAAGUUGAGGGACUUUCUCAAAAUGUCAGCUUUUGUGGUCCUGUAAUAUCUCAGCUCUGUUGGUUUGUUUUGCAAACAAGUUUUAUUUUGUACUAAUUUCUGACUAUUUUCUUUCCAGAAUGCUUAUACCUCUGCCAAGGUUGGAGCUGUAACAGUCUAUACUGCUAGACACGGUGAGGAGUGGGGGAGUUCUAUUGACACAUGAGUAGGUCUGUUCUAGUAUCUCAAAAUCUCGAACGACAUUGUUUUUCAUGUCUAUUUUACCUAGAUACAUAUGAGUUCCUGAGAGAUCCUCCUCCUGGUUUCUUCCCGAGGGUCAGUGUGAUCAGUCUCUGGGUUAGCUGGUCUGAUCCUGUCAAGGAAAGAUAAUAGUGAGUUUCUGCAUUACAUCACUCCCCAGAUUAUUGACCAGCAGUUUAUGAUACAGUGCCUAUAGAAAGUCUACACCCACUUGAACUUUUUGCAAAUGUUGUUGUGUUACAAAGUAGGAUUGAAAUAGGGGAUGUAACCAAAUUUGUACACAAAAGUUGAGAGAAAAGCUUUUUGUGCGUAUGGAAAAUGUAUGGGAUUUUUAAUUUCAGCUCAUGAAACAUGGGACCAACACUUUACAUGUUGCGUUUAUAUUUUUGUUCAGUGUACAAAGACAAGGGAGCUUUUCGAAAACCUCAUAAAGAAGGGCAGUGAUGGGUAGCAAUAACAAAUCAGACAUUGAAUAUCUCUUUUAAGCAUGGUCAUGUUAAUAAUUAUGCUGUGGAUGAUGUACUAAACCACCCAGACACAUCAAAGAUACAGUCGAAAUUCUGAACUAAGCUGCAGGACAGGGAGGAAACUGCUUAGGGAUGUCACCAUGAGGUCAUUGGUAAUUUUAAAACCGCUAGAGUUCAAUGGCUGUGAUUGGAGAACUGAGGAUGGAUCAACAACAUUGUAGUGACUCCACAAUAAUGACAUAAAUGACAGAGUGAAAAGAAGAAUAAAAAUAUACAGAAUACAAUUAUUUCAAAACAUGCAUAUGUAAUCAACAAGUCACUAAAGUAAGACUGCAGAAAAAUAUGGCAAAGGAAUACACUUUUUGGACUAAAUGCAAAGCCUUAUGUUUGGGGCAAAUCAAACACAACACUGAGUAACUGCCUUCUUAUUUUCAAGCAUGGUGGUGGCUGCAUCAUGGUAUGGGUACGCUUGACAUCGGCAAAGACUGGGGAGUUUUUCAGGAUGAAAAUAAAUGGGAUGUAGUUAAGCACAGGCAAAAUCCUAGAGGAAAAUCUGCUUCCGUCUACUUUACACCAGAGACUGGGAGAGGAAUUCACCUUUCAACAUGGCAAUAUCCUAAAACACAAGGCAAAAUCUACACUGGAGUUGCAUACCAAGAAGACGUGAAUGUUCCUGAGUGGCCAAGUUACAGUUUUGACAUAAAUCUGCUUGAAAAUCUAUGGCAAGACUUAAAUUGCUGUCAUGAUCCCCAACACCUUGACAGAGCUUGAAGAAUUUUGAAAAGAAUAACGGGCAAAUAUUGCACAAUACAGAUGUGCAAAGCUCUUAUGAGACUUACCCAAGAAGUCUCACAGCUGUAAUCAUUGACAUUUGUUGUACUGUUGAAUGGGAUGGCAAAUUUGGAGGACAAAACAAAACUUAACUUACUAAAAUAAAAUCCUAUUAGGUGGUAGAUAUUAUAAGAAGACAGCAUAUAGUCAUUACAAGCAGUGUAGUUAAACCAAAAAUAAAUAUUGAGUGGAGUACAGCACAGAGUGUGGAUACCUCUAUGUGGGCCUGUAGCAAAUCAUAAAGUCUAGACACCGACCCUUGGGAGUGAGUACUUAUCUAAUCAAGGUAUAUUAGUGUUUUAUUUUUCAUUAAUCUUUAAAAAAAUGCUAGAAUUUUGAGUAUUUUGUGUAGAUCAUGACAAAAAAUGACAAUUCAAUCAAUUUUAAUCCCACUUUGUAACGCAACAAAAUGUGCAAAAAGUUAAAGGGUGUGUAGACUUUCUAUAGGCACUAUAGAUAAUCCAAAAUGUAUACAUUACAGUAGAAUGGUUGAAUAAGCAGGUUGCCAAAUGUCUCUUUGGUAUCAUGUUCCACUAUGUACAGUGGCUGACAGUUAAUUUUUUUUCCCCUGCAGGGACACAUCUGAUGAGGUUGGGGGUUCCUCUGGGUAUGGCCACUGUUGGGACGGCCAUGUGCUACCCCACUCAGACAGUGGCUGCUGUAAAGGUACAGAUUAAUGCAUAGGGACUAAAAAUCCCCAGCUUCCGUUCACUGUCACUGUUCGGAUUUUCCGUUAUUUAGCCCUCUGAAAAGGCUCACGAGGAAGCACACAAUGUCAUAAUUUGUAAGUCGCUCUGGAUAAGAGCGUCUGCUAAAUGACGUAAAUGUAAAUGACUAGUGUUUUGUCCUUAAUUUUAUUUUAAAUCAAAUGACCACAGGUCAUAAACCUGAAUUACAACAAACAAAUAAUGACAAUAUAUUAUUCAAAUAUAUAAUGUAAAUAUUAUUCAAAUAAUAUAAUAAUAAUAAUGUAAAUAAUGAAAAUCAAAUAAGCCUACAACACCAUCAAAAAUGUGGCAAAUCUGGCUUAAAACAGCAUCAACUACAUCACCCAGAAUGCCUAGCGCCAGAGGAGCAUGCGCACAGCGACUCCGCCGUUGCCACGGACGCUGCCACAGGACACAGAACCCAUGCCACCACAUGCCUCGUCCAAAGGACGCACAAACGCAACACAACGCGGCGCUCCACCAUGGAUCACCGAACCAAACCACCGCUAUCACCACCGCCACCAGAAACCAGCAGAGUGCUCCGAACAAUCAGCACAACGCAAAUGGCUGAUAAUGAUAGCCUAAUGCUAUACAGCAUCUGGGUCGCUGAGCUACCGCACCCAGCGAGCUACAAGUUAUUCUCGGCCAACUAACACCGACACAGUGAGGUAAACGUUCAGUGCUCAAACAUAUAAGUGACUUAAACAUUAAUGCUAGACUGUGAGUAGUUCGCAGUUACAUACCAACGGGCUGUGUGCUCCUGAUGAUUGUCUGCCGUGAAAUGAUUACCAGGUGCCAUAAUUUAAGUCUCUAGUGAAGCUGCGCAUGCGCACAUAACAUAACAUAUCCGAGCAUCUAAGAAACUUAAAGAAAUCACUCGUUCCCCAUUUAAUUGAACACAUCAGACCCAUUUGCUUCUCUUUUAUCUAUUUAUAUAUAUAUAUAUAUAUAUAUAUAUAUAUUAUUAUUUUUUUCCCUCUUUUCUUUUCCUGAGUGAGCUAGAAGUCUCAACAGUCACUAAGGCCUUUUUACACACUAUUAUAUAAAUGUCAUGAGAUCCAAUACUUCGGACUGUUAAGACGCAUUUUGUAUUAUGGCACAAUAUCUAGUUUUCUUGUAUGUAGAUUUAUGUACAUUUUUGUAACUUCCAUGUGCAUAUGAGCUAAAAUUAAAAGCGGAAACUUGAUUUCUUGUGAUAUGCCAUAGGGGCCUACAGAUGUAAGAUAUUAAUUUGAGCCAGUUUGCUACAGCAGGAAAAGAAUCCUGCAGCAACAGGAAAUGUGAAUUAUUAUGUUGAUUAUAAUUAAUGGACAUUUUUCGUUAGGGCAACUCAAGUCUGACAUUUCAAAGUGGAAAUGUGUAAAACUAAAAUACACUACAAGUUUGCAUUUCCUGCAGUGCAGGAAAAUUCUCAGCAACAAAAGAGUGAUCAAAUUUAAGAUCCUUAAUCUGUAACAAUGUGUGUCUGUUCUUCUGCAGAUGACUGGGCAGAAGAUGUAUGCAGCCAGCCAGUACACCACCUCAUACAGUGGGGAGAACAAGUAUUUGAUACACUGCCGAUUUUGCAAGUUUUCCUACUUACAAAGCAUGUAGAGGUCUGUAAUUUUUAUCAUAGGUACACUUCAACUGUGAGAGACGGAAUCUAAAACAAAAAUCCAGAAAAUCACAUAAGUAUUUGAUCACCUACCAACCAGUAAGAAUUCCGGCUCUCACAGACCUGUUAGUUUUUCUUUAAGAAGCUCUCCUGUUCUCCAGUCAUUACCUGUAUUAACUGCACCUGUUUGAACUCGUUACCUGUAUAAAAGACACCUGUCCACACACUCAAUCAAACAGACUCCAACCUCUCCACAAUGGCCAAGACCAGAGAGCUGUGUAAGGACAUCAGGGAUAAAAUUGUAGACCUGCACAAGGCUGGGAUGGGCUACAGGACAAUAGGAAUGCAGCUUGGUGAGAAGGCAACAACUGUUGGCGCAAUUAUUAGAAAAUGGAAGGAGUUCAAGAUGACGGUCAAUCACCCUCGGUCUGGGGCUCCAUGCAAGAUCUCACCUCGUGGGGCAUCAAUGAUCAUGAGGAAGGUGAGGGAUCAGCCCAAAACUACACGGCAGAACCUGGUCAAUGACCUUAAGAGAGCUGGGACCACAGUCUCAAAGAAAACCAUUAGUAACACACUACGCCAUCAUGGAUUAAAAUCCUGCAGCGCACGCAAGGUCCCCCUGCUCAAGCCAGUGCAUGUCCAGGCCCGUCUGAAGUUUGCCAAUGACCAUCUGGAUGAUCCAGAGGAGGAAUGGGAGAAGGUCAUGUGGUCUGAUGAGACAAAAAUAUAGCUUUUUGGUCUAAACUCCACUCGCCGUGUUUGGAGGAAGAAGAAGGAUGAGUACAACCCCAAGAACACCAUCCCAACCGUGAAGCAUGGAGGUGGAAACAUCAUUCUUUGGGGAUGCUUUUCUGCAAAGGGGACAGGACGACUGCACCGUAUUGAGGGGAGGAUGGAUGGGGCCAUGUAUCGCGAGAUCUUGGCCAACAACCUCCUUCCCUCAGUAAGAGCAUUGAAGAUGGGUCGUGGCUCGGUCUUCCAGCAUGACAACGACCCGAAACACACAGCCAGGGCAACUAAGGAGUGGCUCCGUAAGAAGCAUCUCAAGGUCCUGGAGUGGCCUAGCCAGUCUCCAGACCUGAACCCAAUAGAAAAUCUUUGGAGGGAGCUGAAAGUCCGUAUUGCCCAGCGACAGCCCCGAAACAUGAAGGAUCUGGAGAAGGUCUGUAUGGAGGAGUGGGCCAAAAUCCCUGCUGCAGUGUGUGCAAACCUGGUCAAGACCUACAGGAAACGUAUGAUCUCUGUAAUUGCAAACAAAGGUUUCUGUACCAAAUAUUAAGUUCUGCUUUUCUGAUGUAUCAAAUACUUAUGUCAUGCAAUAAAAUGCAAAUUAAUUACUUAAAAAUCAUACAAUGUGAUUUUCGGGAUUUUUGUUUUAGAUUCCAUCUCUCACAGUUGAAGUGUACCUAUGAUAAAAAUUACAGACCUCUACAUGCUUUGUAAGUAGGAAAACCUGCAAAAUCGGCAGUGUAUCAAAUACUUGUUCUCCCCACUGUAUGUGGCAUCAGCCUUUAAAUCCAAGCCCAAAGCAGUAACUCACCCAACUGUCAGUCUCGAGGUACAACAGACUAUUGACAUUAAAGAUGCUAUUUUUCAUCUACUCUAUGUUCUCUACUUUAAAUAGAUUUCACUGUGGAAAACAUGUGUUUAGCCGUAUUCUAUACUGAACAAAAAUAUAAAUGCAACAAUUUUACAGCUUUGACUGAGUUACAGUUCAUAUGAGGAAAUCAGUCAAUUUAAAUAAAUUCAUUAUGCCCUAAUCUAUGGAUUUCACAAGACUGGGAAUACAGAUAUGCAUCUGUUGGUCAAAGAUACCUUACCAAAAAUGGGCCUCACAAUGGGCCUCAGGAACUCAUCUUGGUAUUUCUGUUCAUUCAAAUUGCCAUCGAUAAAAUGCAAUUGUGUUCGUUGUCCGAAGCUUAUGCCUGCCCAUACCAUAACCCCACCGCCACCAUGGGGCCCACACAACGCCAUACACGUGGUCUGCGGUUGUGAGGCCGGUUGGACAUACUGCCAAAACGACGUUGGAGGCGGCUAAUGGUAGAAAAAUGAACAUUCGAUUCUCUGGCAACAGCUCUGUUGGACAUUCCUUGAGUCAGCAUGCCAAUUGUACACUCCCUCAACUUGAGACAUCUGUGGCAUUGUGUUGUGUGACAAAACUGCACAUUUUAGUGGCCUUUUAUUGUCCCCAGCACAAGCUUCUUGAUAUGCCACACCUGUCAGGUGGAUGGAUUAUCUUGGCAAAGGAGAAAUGCUCACUAACAGGGAUGUAAACAAAUUUGUGCACAACAUUUGAGAGAAAAUAUUUUUGUGCAUAUGGAACAUUUCUGGGAUCUUUUAUUUCAGCUCAUGAAACAUGGGAACAACACUUUACAUGUUGCAUUUAUACAGAAUUUUUGUUCAGUGUAGCUAGAUCAAUGAUUCAUAAAUCUAACAAACUGUUUUAAAGCUCUCUCAGGAGUUGAAAAGUUGAGUUUGAAAAGCACAUUUUUAUGGAUUAAACACAACUUGACCAAUGUUUUUCUGUUUACAAGCAGCAAGCCCCACUAGCUCCAAUCCCUGAGCCAGUAAUGCCAGAGGCAAAGCCCCUCCCUGAAUCUGGAUCAUCUGAACCAGUUGAGCCUGCUGUUGACGAGGCUCCUCCCUCUGAACCUAGCUCCGACCCUGUCUCUGUAGAGGAGGGUGUUCCAUCUGAGGUUGAAUCUGCCCCUCAGUCCACCACAGAGGUGGCCACUGCAGAGGGUUCUAUUGACACUGAGCCUGCUGCAGCUCAACCUGAGGCAGCCGCAGUGGUGGAGCAAGAGGCUGUUGAGACGGCCCUUGUGCCUGCUGUUGAGUCUGCACCUGUAGAAGAGGCUGCCCCUUUAGAAGAGGCUGCCGCUGCCCCUGUCGAAGUGGCUGCCCCUGUCGAGGAGGCUGCCCCUGCCCCUGUUGAGGUGGCUGUACCUGUCGAGGAGGCUGUACCUGUCGAGGAGGCUGCACCUGUAGAAGGGGCUGCCCCUUCACCGGUAGAAGAGUCUGUUGUUGAAGAGGCUGCCCCUGCACCUCCUGCUGAAGUGAUUCCUCCAACUGCCCCUGUUGAGGAGGAAGUUGCUUCUGCACCCCCUGCAGCUGAAUAGGCUGUCCGUGCACCUGUAGAGGAGGUUGCUGCCCCACCUCCUGCAGCUGAAGAGACGGCACCUCGUCCUGCUCCUGUUGAGGAGGCUGUUCCUCCAGCUCCAACAGAGGAGGAAUCUGUGAUUGUAAUAGUAACUGAUGGUGAGUCACACAUCAAUAUGAAGAUAUUUUAAUCAAACGGUUGGCUUCAUCUUCUUUAAUAUCAGAUAUUGACGUUGACUAUAAAGAAAUAAAAACAUAUUUUGGGUAUUUCCAGGGAAACCCACAUUUGCACCCGACCCCAAGCUAGGUGUUCUGGGCCAGGCCAGUCCUGAGGAUGAAGACCUGUACAGCACGCGUGGAUGA